AUGGCAGACCUAACUGCUUCCGAAACAAGGAAUGGCGACAACGAUAGCACUCCGAAAAAUCCCAACCGAACUGACCCGAACAAUACGGAAACUCCAACAAACUCUGGGCAGUUCGACCAAAACGCCAUUCUACAGGAACCCCCAACUGGAACAGUCCGAUCUACAACCUUAGGAUCUACUGGCAACCCAGCCACUCAAUCCACCUUCAAUCGCGAUGAAGAAUUCGAAGCCAUGAAGGUCAAACUUCGUGAAAUCACCUCACAGAUUCACAAAGCAACCAGUGCAGCUCCCGAAAUUGAUCGCGUUAUCCAAGAGGCACAAAAGACGCCAUUCACUCCUAGAAUCACUAACACUCCUGUUCGGAAUCUUGAGAAGUUAAAACUCAAAACUUACGAAGGCGAUUCCGACCCAAAGCACUAUCUGACAUCUUUUGGCAUCGUCAUGAACCGCUUUCAGUUCCGGACGACAAAAGAAAAAGAUGCAGUGAGGUGUCAGUUGUUCGUUGAAAAUCUCCAAGGAGUUGCUACCGAUUGGUUCACUCGACUUGAAGCGAACUCCAUAAACAGUUUCGCCGAACUCUCAACAGCGUUCGUUAAACAUUUUUUGAUGUUUAUCGGGCAGAAUACGCGAAAUGCCGAACUAUGGCGAAUGGUUCAGGGAGAAAACGAGAGUCUCCGCGACUUCAUCAAACGUUUCAAGUCAGUUGUCGCCCAUUGCACGGUCAGCGACGAGGCCGCCCUCGAGUGUUUGCACAAGGCAACUCGGAUUAAGUCAUCCUUUCACAAAGCGAUCAAACACAACCCACCGCUUACACUCGAGGACGCACUCCAUCGAUCGAACUCAUAUAUUGCAGAGGAGGAAGAGGAGGCCGCCUACGAUCAGAGAAAAUCUUCACAAAAGCAGGUCGACCCAAAAGAGAGACCUAAAAAUGACAAUAACGAACCACGUCCGACCUACGACAGAGGAUUCGACAAUCGACGAAAAUUCGCAAGUAACAAUGUCAACUCGGCUCAACCACAGCGACCAUGGAACAACAAAUGGAUUCGCGGUAAUGACGAUCAAGACGAGACAUUGUUCUGCGAAUUCCACAACCGUAAAGGACACAACACUGAAGAAUGCCGACACUUGAAAGAUUACCUCCUAAAACAACUCAGAAAAGGAUCAAUUUCAAUGGACGAUGUUCGCCGAACUCCUUUCCGACGCAACAAUGAAAAGAAAGAGCGACCUAAUACAGUCAUAAACGAAAGGAUCCAAGACACCGCUGGUACAACCAAAACAAAUAACCCACAACCAGCCAAACCCGAGCAGCAAAAACGAGGUCGGGAAAACAACGACACAGACACCCAUGUACUAAAACCUAGGAAACGAGUCAACUUUAUCAUGGGCAAACUCGAGAUGUGCAACUACUCAGUUCGGGGGAUAAAAGUGUAUAGUCGACAGGCGUUUACCGCGUCAAAAUUCAGCGCAACAACGACGAGCAGACCAGCCAUUGCAUUCACAGAAGCGGAUACAAUCAGUCUCCAAAUGCCACACAACGAUUCUCUGGUAGUCGACCUACUCUUUGACGAUGUCGAAGUAAGUCGAGUCUUGAUCGACACUGGCAGUUCGGUUAACGUCAUCUUCCGAGAUACACUCGAGCAGAUGGAUUUUCCUAAGGAAAAAAUUAAAGCGGACAUCGAACCGUUAACAGGAUUCACGGGCGAGCAAACCAUGACAGUCGAUACAGUCAAAAUACCGAUCUACGUUGCGGGUGUUGCAAAAACUGUUAAGUUCUUCAUCAUGAAGACACCAGCAAUCUACAACGCCAUCCUCGGAACGCCUUGGCUCCAUGCAAUGAAGGCAGUAGCUUCUACUUAUCAUCAGUGCGUCAAAUUUCCAACUCCAGGAGGAAUUUAUACACUUCGUGGAAAUCAAGCUACAGCUCGAUCAUGUUACAUUAAUGAAUGCAAGAUCCGAAUUGCUAAUCAAUCGUGUGCCAUCAGCGCGAAGUCCGACCCAAUAACUCAAAAGCAGAAGCCACCACAAGAAACGGUAGUUCAGGUCAGCAUCGACGAGACUUUCCCUGAAAGACAGGUCGGUAUAGGCGCCGACCUGGAUCCAGAAAUCAGGGAAGAUAUACUUCAGUUCCUCGGCAAGCACGUGACAACCUUCGCAUGGUCAAUCAGCGAUAUGCCGGGCAUAGAUCCAAAGGUGGCACGCCACGAACUCAAUAUCGACCCUACUUUCAAACCCGUCAAACAAAAAAGACGCAAACUUGGACCUGAAAAGGCACAAGCCGUUAAUGACGAAGUCGAGCAACUACUUCAAGCAGGAUCUAUCACUGAAGUUCGAUAUCCAUAUUGGCUUGCCAAUCCUGUCGUCGUCAAAAAAAGAACGGGAAAUGGAGAAUUUGCGUCGAUUUCACCGACCUGA